CUGAUCCUCGCUCAUCAGCAGAAAUGAAUUCUGCAAUGUUUGGUUGUACACAGUUUGCUUUGGUUAUUCUUGUCAAAUGUAACUAGACAAACUCUCAGAAUGGGCAAGAAGAAUAAGUCAGGGCUGGGGAACAGCUUAGCAAAGGAUCGAUCCAGGUUGUCGCGAGGGGGAAGACAUAGCAACGAUAGCUGGCGGCACACGAGUGAGUUGAACGACGGAAACGAUGAUAACAAAUUCACGAUCAGUUCCAUAACUGAACAGAGUGACUUGGAUGAAUUCCUUGCCUCUGCGCAGCUUGCUGGGACAGAGUUUACUGCAGAAAAGCUGAAUGUAACAUUUGUGACACCCCAAUAUGAUACUGGUGUAUUAUCAGAAGAGAAUGUCUCGAACAUAAAACAGGCUCAGGAAGAUAACAGACAAUUGCUAAGAAUACCUCGAAGGCCAGAAUGGAACAAAAGCAUGUCAGCAGAGGAGCUGGAUCUCAAGGAGAGAGACUCAUUCGUAGAAUGGAGGAGGCAACUUGCAAUAUUGCAAGAGAAAGACCAUAUAAUUCUAACCCCAUUUGAGAAGAACCUGGAAUUUUGGAGACAGCUUUGGAGAGUUAUAGAAAGAAGUGAUGUGAUUGUGCAGAUUGUGGAUGCAAGAAAUCCUGAAUUAUUUAGAUGUGAAGAUUUAGCUGUAUAUGUCAAAGAAGUUAAUCCAUUAAAAGCUAACCUUUUGCUUAUCAACAAGGCUGAUUAUCUCACUCCCUCUCAAAGACUCAAGUGGGCUGAAUACUAUAAAAGCCGGAAUAUUCAAGUAGCAUUUUGGUCCGCUCUUGCUGAGAAUGAGAGGCUGUCAGAGGAACAGGAAAAAAGCAGAGAGGAUUUUACACAAGAGGCUGACUCCACUGAAGAGAAGAAAGAGAAAAUUGAUGAGAGUGAAGAGGAUAAAGAUGAAUCAGAAGAUGAAAAGGACCCAUCCGAACAACUCUCAAACCUGUCUAUAGAAAGUGGUAACACGUCAGAGCAAAAUGUAUCGGAGUCUCUUCAAAGCAAGACUUUUUGUGAUGGCACAACAUUAAAGCCACAAACUGAUGGUGUUACUUGCACUGAACCAGGCGAUGUUGAGGGACAUGUUGUUGAAAUUGAUCACGAGGAUGAAGCACAUUCUGGGCUAGUUACCAGCAACAAGUUGAUUGACAUGUGUCAAAAUAUACACCGCAAUGCCGUAGCUGAUUUACCGGAAGAUGCUCUUACUACAAUUGGUCUGGUUGGGUACCCAAAUGUGGGAAAGAGCUCCACCAUCAACACUAUCUUGCAGUCCAAGAAAGUAGCUGUGUCCAGCACGCCAGGAAGAACCAAACACUUCCAGACUCUGCAACUUAGCCCUACUGUUUGCCUCUGUGACUGUCCCGGGCUGGUCUUCCCAUCCUUUGUCUCAACAAAGGCUGAGAUGGUGGUUAACGGCAUCCUACCGAUUGACCAGAUGAGAGACCAUAUCCCACCAGUAGCACUCGUGUGCCAUCGUAUACCUCGCCUGGUUUUAGAGGGCAUCUAUGGGAUCAACAUAGCAUCUCCUGCUGAGGGAGAGGAUCCUGACAGAGCUCCAUAUGCACAUGAACUACUCAAUGCAUAUGGCUACAUGCGAGGCUACAUGACCUCAAGUGGCACGCCCGAUUGCCCUCGCUCGGCUCGCUACAUUCUCAAGGAUUAUGUCAACGGCAAGCUACUCUACUGUACUCCUCCCCCAGGGGAGGAUGCUGUAGUAUUCCAGGAGGGCCGUCAUGCAACUGGCAAAUAUGAAGACAUGGACGAAGUUGUGCGCCACAGACCCAGCGACCCUCGCAAGCCAAAGAUGAGUCAAACAGAUAGAGAAUUCUUUGCCGAGAAACCGAACGUCCGCUGCUUCACAAAAGGAAAUGACGUCACGAUAAGAGGGCGUGGCGAGGGUGUGUCCAAUGAGGGACACAUCUAUAAGCCAUGGAAGAAACACAAUAACAAGAACAAGCGUGAAAAACUCCGCAGGCUCGCCAAGAGACAAGACAACGGCGUGUAAAUAUAAAGCAGCAUUGUCACCAGUUUACUUCCGGUCGGUUACGUAACAAUCUCCGAUUGUUUUUAACGGUAAACGCGACAAAUAUUUCAAAAUUGUAAAGACAGUUUGUCUAUUGGAGGUUUCUUGGAGGAUGUGACUGAUAAUUUAGAGCGGAUGGCCUGUUUAAUAGUGCGGAUUUUUAAAGAUUAUUUUGGUUGAGGUUUCUGUCGGCCCUCCGGAAGUAAACUGGUGACAAUGCUGCUUUACAAAAAGGCAUGUUAAUCAAAAUGGCUUUUAGUUUGGACCGGGUUAGACUCACGUUUCACAAAUGGAAGUACGAAGUUGACCGUACAAUGGACGUGGCUCUUAAAAUCUAACAUUAGAAUAAGUGAAAUAAAAUUGUAUUUCAAAAUUUA